AUACAUUUACACGGCGUUUGACGUCACUUAACUUUCUUAACUUAAGAAAAGUGGAAAUUUUCCAAUAAAAAUAAUACAUUUCGAGUGCAGUUACAAACAGUUUACUAACGAAUUGGAAUAUGGGCGGUCACGAUAACUGGAACCACAGGAGCAAUUCCAAUGGCCACGAUGAAGAUGAUUCGAUCACCGAGCCGGAGCAUAUGCGCAAGUUGUUCAUCGGCGGACUGGACUACCGCACCACCGAUGAGAACCUGAAGGGCCACUUCGAAAAAUGGGGCAACAUCGUGGACGUGGUGGUCAUGAAGGAUCCGCGCACGAAGCGCUCCCGUGGCUUCGGAUUCAUCACCUACUCCCACUCGAGCAUGAUCGACGAGGCCCAGAAGUCGCGUCCCCACAAGAUCGACGGCCGCGUGGUCGAGCCCAAGAGGGCAGUUCCCCGCCAGGAUAUCGACUCCCCCAAUGCUGGGGCCACGGUCAAGAAACUGUUUGUGGGAGCUCUUAAGGACGACCACGACGAGCAAAGCAUCCGUGACUACUUCCAGCACUACGGAAACAUCGUCGACAUCAACAUCGUCAUGGACAAAGAGACCGGCAAGAAGCGUGGAUUCGCCUUCGUCGAGUUCGAUGACUAUGAUCCCGUCGACAAAGUUGUGUUGCAAAAGCAGCAUCAGCUGAAUGGCAAGAUGGUGGACGUGAAGAAGGCCCUGCCCAAGCAGAACGACCAGCAGGGAGGCGGCGGAGGAGGACGCGGUGGCCAGGGAGGCCGUGCCGGUGGAAACCGCGGCAACAUGGGCGGCGGUGGCGGCAACUACGGCAACCAGAACGGAGGUGGCAACUGGAACGGCGGUGGCAACAACUGGGGCAACAACCGCGGAGGCAACGACAACUGGGGCGGAAACAACUUUGGAGGGGGCGGCGGCUACGGAGGUGGCAACAACAGCUGGGGCAACAACAACCCGUGGGACAAUGGCAACGGCGGUGGUAACUUUGGCGGCGGCGGUGGCUCCAACUGGAAUGGCGGUGGCAACGACUUUGGAGGCUACCAACAGAACUACGGUGGCGGUCCUCAGCGCGGUGGCGGCAACUUCAACAACAACCGCAUGCAACCGUACCAGGGAGGCAACUUCAAAGCAGGCGGUGGCAAUCAAGGCAACUAUGGCGGCAACAAUCAGGGCUUCAAUAACGGUGGCAACAACCGCAGAUAUUGAGGGAGAAGCCAGACGAGGUGAUAAAGUAAAAGUCGCUCAGUAUAAGCCCAAAAUUCAAAGUCAAGUAAACGAUACGCAAUACAAUGAUCAAUAACGAGUAUGAACGCACGUUCAUAGACCUAAGAAGUUUUCCGAGCACCACAAGCCAAACCGAACAUGACAGAGAAGAGAGUGAUCAGGAUCAGUGCAGUGCAGUCGUAAGGAGUUUGGUUCAGACUUGGAUUAGUGCAGAAACAGAGAUAUCAGUACCAAGCCAGACCAGACCAGUACAGUACAGAGCAGUGCAGUGCAGUGCAGUUGCAGUUGCAGUUGCAGUGUGUGAGCUAAGCAGACUUACAAAUCAUUCAGAGAGAUCGCACACAGCCAGUGGCAGCAGUACACGUACACAGCAGCUGGCCAGGAUUCCAUUCGAUUUGUUUGCACACGGUGAUUGAUUGUUAAGGCGCAUCGAAAACUAUCUUCAAUAUUCAAUAGAAUUUUAAUCUAAUUUCACAUUGUAGCAACCGAGUUAAGUAACAUUGUAAUUAGCAACAAGCCGCCAGGCAAAACAUUUGUAUCUUCACACAACCAACCUAUUUAACCCUCCAGCCAUUAAUGAAUCAGCUAUGUACACUUCAAGGCGGCAGCCGAGCGAGACAUGUUUAUUUGUAUGUAGACAACUCCAGCCCAUCGGCCGCUGACAACUUUUGAUAAUCAGUGCAGAAAACACAAAAUAUAAAGCAUGUAUUACAUUUAUGACUUCUCUAGGCUAAGUUCUCAUAGAAUUAACCGAGUAGAGCGUGCGGCGAUCUUCAGCAGCCGCACGCUGCCCUAGACUUAAUGAUUUACUAUCAAGUUCUAAGCGAACCUGACCGUGUGGAGGAACCUAGACACUUAGAAUUCUUUAUAAGCGUCGACAUGGAAUAUUUUAUCCCCGCUGUUUAGAUGUAACCGUGCAAAAACCAACACUUAAUGUAAUUUAAAACCUUUUAGCAAGCAGUCUGUCUGAGGUCAGCGCACUUAUGUUUAACAAAAUUUACAUUUUAAUGUAGCGAAAAAAAUACAAGAUUUAAAAAUACACGAAAGUCCAGCAAUUGAUGUGAA